AUGAAACCUACUUUAGUUAGGUCAAAGCAGAACUCAAAUGCCUCCGCAACUAAUUGGUCAUCGAGGAUAUGGUCAAAAGACGGUGGUUGUCCUUUUGGAACAGUUCCUAUCAAAAAAAUUACUAAAGAAGAUCUUGUUAGAGAAAUGAAUAUGCUACCACCAGAAGAUGUCACAUACGAUACUGAGUUGACUACUCUUGCAAUAGUUCGAAUUCUAAAAAAUCCUAAUGACAAGUUUGUGGGAGCUGGAAUGACGCCUAGUAUAUGGAAACUUUAUGCAGAAGGUCAGCAACAUAGUGCAUGUUGCUUGAAAAUUCAGAAAGGAUCAGACAUUCUACAAGUUGGUUGGCGA